CUCAAUUUGACAUUCGCGCUUUAUCAAUCGCAAUAGAUACAAUUUUGGUAAAAUCAGUUGUCUCUUAAUAAUGGCGAAGUAUGAACCUGACGAAGUUGAAUAUUCAUGUAGUGAUCAGCGGGACGUUCUUAUUGAGAACUUGCCAAAAAGUUUCAUGGCUCUAGUCGAUAAACUUACUGAGCAGGAAACGAAAAUAAAAGAACUUACUAAACGCCAAGAUCAAGUUAUUGUUGACAAUACGCCAUUGAUAGAUUUGAAAAAGAGUGAGCUAAUAAAAGAAGUCGACUACUUGAGGAGUAUGGUGUCAACCUUGGAAAGGAGAGUGACACUACUGGAGGAAAAACAACAGGCAGGACCAGGUGCUGUUGCAUUCUUUGCUACUGUGAGCGACGAUAUAGGUCACCUCCAUGAUCGGCAACGAAUUUUGUUUGACAACGUUCUUACAAACACGGGAGAUGCCUAUAAUGAACACAACGGUACCUUUGUGGCUCCAGUUGCGGGAUUGUACGUAUUUUCAACUACAUUGAUGUCCAGCAAAGGAUGAUAUGGGGAUUUUCGUCUGAUCAGGAAUGGGAAUGUGAUUUGUGUCAUAUAUCCUGACGCUGGUGGAACAAGUAAAAGUUACGAUAUGGCAACAUGUUGUAGUGUCCUACACCUAAAGAAGAACGAUGACGUUGCAAUUGAUAGCGGUAUAAACGAGUUUAAACGAGGAGGCGUUAAUGGAAAGCAUUAUUCCAAUUUUUCUGGUUUUUUACUGAAGGCGGAUUGACAGGCAAAACAACAGGCUUAAUUUAGAAUAUCAGAAACACACGUUUUAAGUCACAUUAAAACGAACCAUAGCUGUGUGUUGCUGUGAUGCUUUUGUAUCAAAAUUCAUGUAUACUCUAUGGUUUCCAAGAUGGAAACGUAUUCUAUUAAGUAAAUUUUAAAAACAGGUUAUAUUUCAUUGUCAGAGAAAAAACAGAAUCUUUUCAAAGUAUUGACUUGUAAAAAGUAUGAAGCACACUUUUGAAAUUUACAAAAACGAUUUAAUCCGAUGAAGAAUUAAAAAUUUGGUCCCUUGUUAUUUCGUUUACUGACAUCUCAUAUACCUUCAUUUGUAAUAGUAUCACAUAAUAUAAAUAAUGUUGUUCACAUUUUUUUUACUCUCUGCAUUAUCAGUUUUCUUAUACAAUGCAAUUCAGCUCUAUUAAUAUUAAACAUUAAGUGAGUUUGUAUGGUAAAUGCUUGUGUUUUUGUUGUUGAAAAAUACUUGAAAUAUAUAUAGAUAUGGUUAUAAAUGUAUGUUGAAUGUACGACAAUUAUAUUUAUAUAUCUAUCAAGUAGCUGUACAUGAAAUACUUCGUUUAUGAAAUUCUAAAUACUAUAUGUAAAGCUUUGUAUGUAUGCAUGAAAUUUUCUACGUAUGUAUAUAAUAUUCUACGGAGAAAAUAAAAUCAUGCACUGAAAGCAAAAAUACAACUUUUAUAGAGAUUCUUAGUUCCUAAUAUAGCACUUUGGUUAUUUCCAAAAGCAAUUUUAUAAGCUUAAAAGCCUUAUAAUAAAUGACAUACAUAGCAGGGUGGAGCUUUGUGUUCUAUGAUGAUUCAUUCAUGUAUAUUAAGAAAUAAAAUUUUCUAUAUUUGUCAAUAUGAAAUGCCAUUUAUUAGUAUUUUGCAGCUAGACCUGUGCAGGAGCCUUUUUGUACUAUUUAAACGCAUUUUUGCUUCCACAAGUAGAUAUAAUCCUUAUCUCAAACGGUGCUUCGUUCAACAAUGAUCUACAUUUUGUUAUAGCAAAAUAAUGUCUGUUAUUGCAUAGUUGUAUAUUUAUAAGUGUUUCGUUUCUACAACGUUGAACUUAUUACUACA